CUGAGAGAAUUGUGAAAUGAAAGUAUAUAUAUAUGGUGAUGAUGAUGCCCUAAAUUAAACAGACCUUCCUUUCUCACUCUCCAUUAUAAAUAUCUUCCUUCUACUCUACCAAAUACAUAUAGUAUAUCCAUCAGUUUAUAGACAAAAUUUGAUGGGGGAUAGUAAUGUGAACCUGCCACCUGGCUUUCGGUUUUACCCAACAGAUGAAGAAUUAGUUGUUCAUUUUCUCCAACGCAAAGCUGCUCUUUUACCUUGCCAUCCUGAUGUCAUUCCUGAUCUUAAUCUUUACCCUUAUGAUCCUUGGGAUUUGGAUGGAAAAGCAAUGGUAGAAGGCAAUAAGUGGUAUUUCUAUAGCAGGAGAACACAGAGUAGAAUCACUGAAAAUGGAUAUUGGAAAUCAUUAGGAGUUGAUGAACCAAUAUUUUCAACUGACAAUAAUAAUGUUGGCAUGAAGAAAUAUUAUGCUUUUUACCUAGGUGAGCUACCUGAAGGUGUCAAAACAAAUUGGGUAAUGCAAGAAUUUAGUCUUAAUUCUGAUUCUUCUUCUGGAAAUACUCGUUCAUCUUCAAGGAGAAAAACCCGUUCCAAAAUUGACUAUAGUGGAUGGGUAAUAUGUCGUGUAUACGAACGCAAUGAUGAUGAUGAUGAUAAUGGGCCGGAGCUAUCAUGCUUGGAUGAAGUUUUUCUAUCACUAGAUGAUCUUGAUGAAAUUAGUUUGCCGCACUAGAUUAUUAAUUAAUUAAUUGUAUAAUUAGAUCCAGUAAGUUAGGAUCUAAUUAACUUUAAUUACAUUUCUGUUUACAAGUGUUUGCAGCUAGCUAGCCAGCCACCCAACGACUAAAUUACAUUUCCUACUUUAAUUUCCAUAUAUAGUGUA